AUGUCCAUGCUGUCUGGAGCGUCUGCGAAGUCUAUAGUAGAAAAAGACGUUGACCGGUCUGUCGAAGUGUCCUGGCCUUCCCUCUUUAGUCGCGCCAGCCUGACUGACGGCGGGUCUGGUGAUGGGGAUUGUGAUCCUUGCGAGGCUGCCUGUUCCAUCAACGAAGUCGGUGGGGGUGCUAAAAAACGAUCCUCAGACGGCGAAGACGAGUACCCGGAGUUGAGAACGAUCUACGGAAACGCAAGUGCUACCGAACCUUGGCUGGAUAAUGAGGUCGCUCGCUGGCACGUCAUCGAAGGCCGUGCGAACACUCUUGCGUUCGACUGCGACAAGAUUCCUAAUGUCUGCCAGAACAUGUGUUACGGAGUGAGCGACGGCCAAAUGUCAGAAUGCGCGAAAGAAGAACUCUUGCGGCUCUUCCAACCCCAACAGAUGCACAACCCCGCCUUUGCUGCUGGUAAUUCUUGUGAUGAGUAUCCAUUUGCAAGCACGCUGGAGGGCCAACGAGCCGCACAGGACGCAGCUGCAACUCGGUGCGUGCCUAAGGGCGAGAACUCAUCUCAAGGCGGGAGCAUUUCCGGGCUCUACCGUAAACUUCCAGACAACACGCAAUUCACUGUUGAGUUUCACGGCGCCGCGGGGUCGACAGGAUUCUGUGCGGCCAACCACCAUUGUGCGGCCACAGCUGGUACUAGCCAACAGUGA